AUGAACUCCCCACCUUACCAACCAAAAUGGAAUACGCACAAAGCAAACUGGGGUAGAUUCCAAAAACUCAUUGAAAUAUGGGCUUCUUCCUAUCAAAUUGGUGACAAAACUCUUGAUAAACUAGAAGAAGACUUCAAAACAGCAAUCACAGAAGCUGCCAACUCCGCGAUACCAUUAUGUAAACCCUUUUCCAAAGAGCACCAGGAUCACUGGUAUUACAGUAACAGAGUCGCUGAACUACAUCACAGAGUGAAUAUAACUAAGAAAAACUUAUCAAAGUUCCCCUCCAAGGGUAAUCUCGACUUGUAUCGAGACACCUUAAGACACGUAAAAAAGAGCUAUGGGAUAUACGAACUGAAAAAUGGCUUGCCUGGUGAAGCCAACAAACUAAUAAAUCAGUUUGCUACCAGAUCGUCUUCCAGUAACUUAGACCAAAAUACUGUGGAAGCCUUGGCAAUAAACAGACCACUACAACUGCACAUAAUAGAAAACGCAAUCGAAGAUUCAGAUGAUACUGACCAUCCUAUUACCAUGGCAGAAAUCAAUAAAGCCAUUAAUAUACACAAAAUCUCAGCUCCAGGGGAUGAUAAAAUCAUAUAUGGCAUGAUGAAGCACUUAGGACCCAAAGGAAUGGAUUUCUUACUUCAUCUAUACAAUAAAUCUUAUAAAAAGAAAAAAGUACCGUCUGCCUGGAAAAGUGCCAUAAUAAAACCCAUACCAAAAAACAACGAUCCCAAGUCUUUCAGACCAAUUUCACUACUUAGCUGCUUGGGUAAAACCCUUGAAAGAAUCAUUCUAAAAAGAAUGCUGUAUAAACUCCCAGAUCUUCACCAUAACCUUUUUGCCUUCAAAAAGAAUACUGGUACCUCAGACAAUAUUGCUACUUUAAGAUCAAUGCUGGAUCAAGGCAAGGCCACUUUAGUUUUCCUUGACCUGGAAAAAGCCUUUGAGCUUGCGGACCCUAUAAUAAUUUCAACAAUUCUAGCGGAAAAAGGAGUGAAAGGACAUCUUCUGGCCUGGAUUACAGACUAUUUUACACAAAGAAAAGCUACAGUGAUAUUCCAAGGACACCUAUCAAAUACCCUUAUUUUUGAAAAAGGUACACCUCAGGGAGGCAUCCUCAGUCCAACUUUAUUUAAUCUACUGAUUGAAAAACUUGUCAACCUUCCUUUCCGAAACAACACCACCUUACUGAGCUAUGCAGAUGACCUGCAAUUGAUAACCACAGGUCCACAUCAACUACUACACGCUCAACACGCUUUAGAUCUAAUAACCCAAGCCUGUACUUCCCUUGGACUAAAAAUUAACCCGUCCAAAUCAGGAUUAAACAUCGGUCCAUCUAGACCCUUUCAUCUACUUACAAUCCAAGGCCAAAACAUUGACUGGGUAGAGAAAGCUAAAUGCCUAGGACACUUUUUCUCAGAAAGAAAUCAUGAAAAAGAUCAGUUGGACUACCUCAAGCAAAGAAUACAAUCCAGAAUUCUAGCAAUGAGAAAAUUAACAUCCACCAGAAUAGGAGCAGGAUACAAAAUUCUACGCACUUUCUAUACUCAAGCCAUCAGAUCAAUAAUAGAUUUCUCCGCUCUCUCACUUUUAACCCUGUCAUCUGAUCUCCUAAUAAAACUUGAAAAAAUACAAAACGAAGCUAUGAGGAUAAUUCUAGGUGCUCCUCGCUGGACAAGGCUUGAAAACCUUAGAAUUGAGACUAAUCUUUGUUCCCUCAGACUCCGAACACUUCAAAUCACCUCAUCCUACAUGGCCAAAAGUCUCUCCUCCACCAAGCCUCUCCCCUUCAAACAAAGGAUCCAAACCUUAUUAACCAGACCGAUUGACACAAUUCUCAGUACAGGGUGGCAUUUUCAAGUGGUCUUAGCAAUUAAGGCGUCUGGUAUAAGCCAUCAACUAGUACACAGGACUCCAACACAAAGACAUCCACUUUUCAAAGCAGAGCCUCCAUGGAAUCCAUUAAUCCUGCGAACAAAUAUACUGAGACUUCCUAAGAAGAAAGUUAACUGCAGCCAGGAAAUAUUAAACAAGAUUGCAAUCCAAGUUAACAGUAAAGCAGCGAAAGACCAAUUAGCUAUUUUUACAGAUGGUUCUGUUAAUCAGAUAUCAGGUCACUCUGGAGCAUCAAUUCACUGCACUUUUCAAACAUCUAGUUGGAGACUUUCGGAUUAUUGUUCAACUCUCCAGACUGAACUAUUUGCAAUAGACAAAGCUCUCACCCUAGCAAUCUCCACCAAUCACAAAGAGAUAAAUAUUUAUACGGACUCUCUCUCAGCAAUUCAAGCCCUCUACAAGUCUCCUGAUGAAAAUAUAAUGCUCAUGACCACUCUCCUCUAUAAGAUCCAAGUUCUUCAUAAGAAAGGAUCACAAGUAAUUUUAAAUUGGAUACCUAGUCACAUUGGAAUAAUAGGGAAUGAAAUUGCAGACAGAGCGGCCUCGGAAGCGACACUAUUCCAAUAUAUCAACUUUCACAUCCCACCCAGCUCCAGCCAAAUUAAGAAGACAAUAAGACAAAAUUUUCAGCGAGAAAUCAUCAAUCAACAUUUAGCAUGCGUCAAUAAAGGGUCUUAUUCUGCAUCAUGGUAUAAGACAGAGUGA